AUGAGUGUCGUUUGCAUAAAGUCGUCUAAUCACGGUUACACAGUGCAUUUCUGGGACGAUGGCGCUAUUGACGGCAAACCUGUGUCCCAGACAGAAUAUUUGCCUCUAGGACAUGAAGCCGUCGGGUCUGUGUUUACAGUCGGUGACAAGGUCGAACAUCUCAAAGUCGGUGACAGAGUUGCAGUUGAACCCGCUACGCCUUGCCGGGUCUGUAUUCGGUGCAGAGAAGGCCUGUACAACUUGUGUCCAAAUAUCAGGUUUGCCGGAUCAUCAACCGCCGAUCCAGCAUGUUUGGCAAAGUUCUACAAGGCGCAGGCCGACUUUUGCUAUAAACUUCCCGACCAUAUCACCUGGGAAGAGAGAGCGAUGAUUGAACCCUUGGCCGUGGCAGCACACUCGGUAAUGAUGAUCGGCAUCAAACUGGGGCAAGGCCUUGUCAUCUUUGGUGCCGGCACGAUUGGUCUGGUCUGCGAAGCAGUCGUCAAAAUGUUCGGGGCUCGAGGAAUCGUGUCUGUCGACAUCUUGGACCACAAGUUGGAUUUCGCCAAAAGGUUUCUGAACAGUCACACUUACAAAUCGACCGCUGACAAGUCCCCCGAGGAGACUGCUGCCGAUAUCAUCAGACAGGCCGAGCUCGGCCAGGGGGCAGACGCCGUGAUAGAAGCUUCGGGGUCUGCAAUUUGUACCAACACCGCAGUCCAUGUGCUGAGGAAGGGCGGCCAGUUUGUCCAGACCGGUAUUGGCAAACAUGUCAUCGAUUUCCCCAUCUUUCAGUUCAGCAUCAAGGAACUGCACAUGCAUGGGGCAUUCCGCCACGGCGAGGGAGAUUUCCGACUAGCUAUCGACGCAUUGCAACAUUCCUUGAUUCCCGUCAAAGACCUAAUCUCUCAGCUCUAUGACUUCGAGGACACUGAGACGGCUUUGGGUGCAACCUUGAAGGGCCAGGGUAUCAAGAACAUGGUACAGGGCCCGCGAUAA